CGCCGAUACUCCUGAUCUGACGCAUUCGCGGCGCUCGAUGUGGCCGCCGUGAGGAAACCACGGGCGCCACGCCAAGCCAAGCCUUCGCUCAGCAUCAUUACGAAGACACCGACUCGACCCAUGUUUCAAGGCGGAGCGCAUCUCGAACCGCGCCAGCUAUGGGAUCUUCCCACGAUGACCACCAGCACCGAUGACCAGGCGCACUGCACGCCGUUCACCCUCCCUUCGAACGGCGUGCUGUCGCUGGCAAAUGACGCCGCCAUCACCCUCACUACCGAUGUCAUCUUCCAGCCCGAGUGCACUGGCACGCGAGCCGGCGAUGUCUUCACCGUCGACCACCUGAGAGACCCAUUCUACGCGUCCACCAUACCGAUGGUGUAUGUCGUGAGCGCGGCGACUGUGAUUGCAUGGAUCCUGGUGGUCAUGCUCACCAUUACACCGAGGACUGGCUUCUUCGGCGCCCCCGGUGCGCCUGCAUUUAGCAAUGGACGAGGUAUAAUAGGCGGCGCGAACGGUGGUGUUCUGGGCGUGACAGGAACAGGAUCGAGACCGUGGUUACAAAAAGUUGCAGCACUGGCUGUUGCCAUAUCUCUUACCAUAGCCUCCGCGGAUACUCUGGAAGUGGCAGAAAAUCAAUACUCCAUGGGCUUUUCAGAUGCUGCGCUUCUGCGGAAAGCUGUUCUGGGCUCCCUCGAGAUUCGGAUCACUCGCGUUAUAUCGGACAUCUUCCUCUGGCUCGCACAGGUUCAGACGUUGAUCAGGCUCUUCCCUCGACAUCGCGAAAAGGUGCUCAUCAAAUGGAUAGGAUUCGUGCUGAUCUUGCUCGACACUAUUUUCUCAUGCCUAAACUCCUUCUACAGUGUCAACGUCCUUAACGGCAGGAACAUCGUUGAUGCGAUUCCUGCUCUGUCAUAUCUGUUCGAGCUAGCGCUGGGCCUGCUGUACGCCGCAUGGGUCCUAUACUACUCACUGACGAAAAGGCGAUAUGCCUUCUACCAUUCCAAGAUGCGAAACAUACUGCUAAUCGCGAUUAUCUCUAUUGUAUCUAUACUUACGCCGGUCGUCUUCUUCAUAACUGAUGUUGCCAACGAAGAUGUGGCUGGUUGGGGCGACUACUUCCGCUGGGUUGGAGCUGCUGCUGCUAGUGUCAUAGUCUGGGAGUGGGUGGAAAGGAUAGAGGCACUCGAGCGAGACGACAAAAAGGAUGGUAUCUUGGGGAGAGAGAUCUUUGAUGGAGACGAGAUGGUCGACGUGAUGCCGGAAGAAAACGUAGCAUGGACCGAGUCCCGCAAUUUGAGGCGAAACUUCCGGAGACGACGAGACGACGAUCCAAAUGGCGGUGGUAACAUGUCCACUACUGUGGAGCGAGGGCACGGCUUGAAUGGUGUCACUCAGCGGUUCCGGUCAAGGCAUCAGCAGUCACCUUCUCACUUUCCCCUCGGACGGGCACACAACGAGUCCGUCCUGACCAGCAAUGACAAUCUCCGACCUGGAAAUGGUCUUGCGAUGCAGCAGCCGCCGCACGAUUCCUCUGUCCUUGGAGGUCCGACGCCACCGCCCCAGGUCGCCAGUCCCAUAAGCAGGGCUGAUACGACGAGUGCAGCCAGCACUUUAUAUGUGGUCCGAUAUCACCCGAUCGCGGAUGUGCCGCAGCCGAUACGAAGAAGAGCAAACGCAGACCGCAGCGGCGCAGCCGGACAAGGGGAUCAACCACGAGGAUUGCAGAACCGAGAGCUAGGCGUGAAAGAUGUAGCGGAUGUUGAUGAUGACGAGAUCCGACCCAAUGUGCAGCGCGGUAACAACAGGUUAUGGAAUGCGGUGUCCAAUCCCUUCAAGCGGAAACGCACUUCACCGCCUACAGAAGUACAAAAAGCACGGCAGGCAGCCGGCCAGAGGGUGUCUACACCUGGCAAGGAACCUCCACGAUGGGACUUGCGGAACCGCAAAGGUACCAAGGCGCCGGAGACUGGCACGGAAAGCAGACAGGAGGCGGAACUCCCAGUCACUGUCAUUCCCGCACAACCUCGAGGCGGUCAUCGCACGUGGAGUUCAGUUGACCAGACACCUGCGACAACACCUUUACAGCUCGUAUACAGGCAAGAUCCACCUGGCUCUAAGGGAACGGGUUCAACGACGUUGACUGCAAAUAGCCAGUCGAAUAGAUGGGCGCCAGCCUCCAGUCAGCCAGACGGCAGCUCAGUCCGACUGCCCGACACUGGUUCUGCUGUAGUGCCAUCAUCUCAGAUGUCUGUCGGCGGGACUGGACCUCCUCGCGCUGAUGACAUUUCUCCAGUGAAUGGUCGCAAUGCAGGGACCAUUGUUGUUCCAGCUCCCCCGAGACGGACCCCUUCACAUCAGACACCACCCCUUAGAACUGGAGUUACGCCUAGCUCGAGCAGACAUACACCGCCUAACGACGUUCAGCCUGCUCCGCCUGACGAGUAGGGCACGCUGGGAAUGGCGAUUAUGACUCUCGUUUUAUUUGAUGGUUUAGCGUGGCGCUGGUGGUAUACCCAUUGCUCAAGUUAGGAGACAGCAUCGUUAUGAGAAAGACCUUCUGGCCCAAUGACCGGCCUCAUUCGCGGAGCGGAGGUAUUCAUCGUGGAUAUAGA